AUGGAUCCAGACGUGAGGAAAACUUUGAUGGAACUUAAUCGCCCAAGAGGAAAAUUCCGGACCCAAGUGCUUAAAAAAUCUCAAGAAAAAGUCAGUAAAAAUAUAAAAACAUUUAAAUAUACCCGCGUGUUGAAUAAAAUACGGGAAAACAUCCCAAAAUGUACGUGUACAAGAGAACUUUCACGCGCUUUCUGUACGGAACUGUUUCCGUUUUGGGGAAUUAUGAAAAAAUACAGCAUUCGGAAAUAUCUUCUCGCAGAUUUUGUAGCCGGUCUCACAGUAGGGAUCAUCCAUAUUCCUCAGGGAAUGGCCUACGGACUUCUGACAAACCUCCCCCCUGUGUACGGACUUUAUACCAGCUUUUUCCCUGUCAUCCUGUACUUCUUCUUCGGAUCUUCAAAGAAGGUGUCCCUUGGAACUUACGCAGUAACGAGCUUAAUGGUCGGAGCAGUAGUUCAAGAAAAAGCGGAUAUUUACCUUAAAGCAAUAAACCCUACCACAGCCCCUAUACCACCGUCCACCAUAGUACCAGUCCUAAAUAAUACGAAAGGUACUCCAUACAACAUAGUCACAGCCAAUACCACAGCGCUACCACUCGUCACUACUACGCGUCACCACCCGACAGCGGCGGAUCUAACGGACGACGAACUCCGAGUUCGGGUCGGGCUGGCUAUGUCCGUCUCAUUUAUGGCUGGAAUGAUUCAGCUGUUUUUGGGAAGUUUUCGUUUUGGCGGAUUAGCGUCUUUCAUGUCUGAUCCGUUGAUUAGCGGAUUUACAACCGGAGCAGCCAUACACGUGUUCACGAGUCAAGUCAAGUACCUGUUCGGAGUUCAGGUGUUCUCUUAUCACGGCGCAUUCAAGAUGAUCUACUUUUACCGGGACUUUUUCGGCGUACUUGAUAAAGUGAAUCCAGUAGCAGCGGUGGGAUCAGUGACCACUAUCUUCGUCCUCAUUCUCAUCAAGGAGGGAAUCAACAACAACCCGACAUGUAAAAAGAGCUUACCUGUACCUAUCCCUAUCGAGUUGUUCGUGGUUAUAGGUGGAACAGUUAUUUCUCAUUACACGAAAAUCAACGAAAAAUUUGAUGUGGAAGUUGUUGGUUAUAUCCCAGUCGGAGUACCUGCACCAACAUUGUCUCAUCUGAGUUUCAUCGGUGACGUCAUUGGUGACGCGAUUGCCGUCAGUUUCGUUGCCUUUGCUACGUCGUACGCUAUGGCAAAAAUUUUGGCAGAAAAAGAUAAAGAAGAGGUUAACGCAAACCAAGAAUUGGUGGCCAAUGGCUUGUGUAACGUAAUCGGGGCCCUAUUCUCGGCUUUCUGUUGUUCCGCCUCGCUGUCCAGAAGUCUAGUCCAAGAUAACUCCGGGGGAAAAACACAGGUUGUUGGCCUUGUCUCGUCAUUACUCGUCUUUAUAGUCAUUGCUUAUAUUGGGCCUAUGUUUUCGAGUCUGCCGAAUUGUAUUCUGGCAUGCAUCGUUAUAGUAACACUCAAGGGGAUGUUCCAUCAGUUCCACGACAUGUUGUUUCUAUGGAGGUUAUGCAAGAGAGACUUUGCUGUUUGGAUGGUGACGUUUCUAGCCACGGUGAUUCUAGACGCUGGUCUUGGACUUAUGGUCGGGGUGAUAUUUGCUUUAUAUUUUGUACUCCGUAACACACAGAGGCCUUACAUUUGUGCCAUGGGACGUGUACCAGGAACGAACGCCUAUAAGGACCUGAAACUCAGUAGAACCUUAAUCCAGAUUCCUGGAAUCAAGAUAUUCCGUUUUGACUGUAACCUCUAUUUUGCCAAUGCUGAACAAUUCCGGGAUCGCCUUUACGAGAGAACGGGACUAAAUCCGAGAAAGCUGAAAAGGAAGAAACAGAGAGCCUUAUAUAAAGCAAUGCUAAAACGAAAGCGGGAGAUCGAGCUGGCUGAGAUAGAGGAAGCGGCAGCGAUCAAAAAAGAAAAGAAACAGCUUUUAAGACAGAAGAGUUCUAUCGAGGAGGACGUGGAGAGGGACGAUGACGACGAUAGAGAGCUGACAGACGAGCAGCAGACAGAACUACAGCUAGAGAACGGCGAGAUGCAGACGAGAUUUUCCCGCGCGUGGGUACCGCCUGUUCACACCGUGGUGCUGGAUUUCUCCGUCAUCAGUUACGUGGAUAGUGUAGCCGUUAAAGUUCUCUCACAGAUUAUCAUGGACUUCAAGGAGGUCGGCAUCAAAGUUUUCUUGGCAGGAUGCAGAGAGGAUGUGAGGAAGAUAAUUAAGAAAUCCGAGUUUUACAAAUCAAUAGACUAUAACUGUCUCUACUUUACCAUACAUGAAGCUGUGGUGAUAGCUCAAGAACUCCACCAGCAAGUGGGGGAUCCACCACUAAGUCCCAAAGACAUUUUGAUAGUGGAAGAAGAAAGCAGGGAGGCUAGUGCUAGAUUGGCAGCGUAUGAGGGAGACGAUGAAAAAGUUCACAAGGAUAUCCCCCAAGUUGGUGCUAAUGAAUAGGUGAAUACAACGAAUGAUCAAACUAUCUCAGGAUUCCAGAUUUCCAUCUGAAGUGAAGAUAAACUUCAGCACGUCUAUAUUUGUACAUGAUGAAAAUGACUAUGAAAUGUAUAUUCAUGAAAAUAACAUUUACACAACUCGCCUUCACAUAAGAGACCAACAGUCCGAAAUUACAGAAUAGUUCCUACUUUGUAUCUUGUCUAUAACUAAGUGUAUAUGAUUCGUGUUCACUUGUGACAAAUAUGUUAAAGCUGUACAAGCAAUACUACAUGUAGUAAUCCAACACUUCAUCAACUUACUGAAGCUUUCAUUUACAAACUUGUCUCCUUAAUCUUGUUUCUUUUUUUCUUUGCUUUUCACACAAGAAAGAAUAAACACUUU